CCCGUUAACUGAUCAAAGAGGGUGGGGGGAGAGUGAACGCGUAUGCAUAGCUUCGGAGAGAGAAGCGCAUGGCUUGGGGGAGAGAAGCAUGCACGCAGUCGAACAGCGCCAGUUGAGUGUGGGACGUCUACCAAUCUUCGUCUACUACAAUACCGUCUCUCCCCUCCUCAAGACAAUAUCAUAUAGGCUCAGUGUCGAAGGGCCUUUAUGCAUUAAAACCAAUAAUGUGAGAACCCGAUGCAGACCUCGUGUCAUGGACGUUUAAUUGUAACAACCGUUUCAUUUGAUUUGUGUCGUACAUUUUCUUAACCGGCGGUGGAAUCAUCGAUUUACACUAACCUACUGACACCUGGAUUGAGAUGCGGCAAUGUUCAGAGCAAUAUGCACACGUGUAAACUUCUGCUGGAUUUGGCUGGCUGUUCUGUUUCUGCUGAAAGUAGAGGAUGUUGGCGCGUACAGCUGUCAUGAGGUGAAGACCGCUUUCCAGGUGCGACAGAUCGGUCCGCUGAAGUGGGUACCGGAGACACCUGGAACAGAUGUGGACCUGUUGGUGUGCAAGCACCAGGGCCCGUCCUGCUGCACCCGCAAGAUGGAGGAGAGCUACCAGGUGGCGGUGAGACGAGAGACCCUCCAGAAUGUCCGCUCCUACAGCUUCGAGCUGAAGUACCUCAUCUCCGGCCACGCCACCGCCUUCCAGGACACCUUCCAGUACCUGCUCUCCUUCUCCCAGGGCCACCUCUCCUCCCUGCUGGAAGACACCUACUCGCCCCUCUCCCGGGAGGCCCUCCCCCAUGUCAACGCCCUGUUCUCCUCCCUCUCCCUCUACAUUCGCGGACAGAACCUCUCCCUCGAAGCUGCCGUGGCCCGUUUCCAUGACAACCUCUUCCCGCUCGUCUACGGGCGCCUGGUCAACCCGGGCGUGGGCGUCCAUGGUGGCUUGACCGGCGAGCGGGGCGAGUGUCUCCGCGCCACACGGCAGGACGUCAACCCAUUCGGCCCUCACCCCGAAACGCUCGCUCAGGAAUUGGGGCGCACCCUGGGCGCCGGGCGAGCCUUAUCCCUGGCCCUCGCCGAGGGCACCGAAGUCAUGAACGCCACCGAACACGUUUCCUUCACCAAAGAGUGUUUACGUGGCUUGACCAAGAUGCAGUACUGCUCGCACUGCCGUGGGCUGACGCUGAUCAAGCCGUGCGUGGGCUACUGCCUGAACGUGAUGCGCGGGUGCUUGGCGAGCGUGGCCGAGCUGGACGGGCCCUGGCGGAGGUAUGUGGCGGCUCUCGAGGAACUGACCAAUGCUGUGGCCGGACAACACAGCCUGGAACUGGCCCUGCUUGGAGUCAGGGGGCACGUGAAUGAGGCCAUACUACACGCUCAGCUCCAUGGGCCCACGCUGACCGCUACGGUGGACAAGGUGUGUGGUCGGUCAGCCAAGGAGCCCCGCACCAGCGUCCACCCUGACCCCGCCCCAGAGGUCACGACCUCCACGGUGACAUCAUCGACCGUCCCUCCCUCCAUCCCCCCAACAGAACAGCUGAUGGGACAACUUGCCCACCUGAGGAGUUCAUUCCCCCUGAAACCCUCCAAGAACGAUAAACCUAGAAGUCUGAAAAAGAUCUCUAGGGAGUUUCUGAGCUACAUCCAGCGCUAUAAGUCAUUCUUUGCAGUGCUUCCAGAGAUGCUGUGUGAGGGAGAGAUGGUGGUGGACGACUUUACCUGCUGGAGCGGAGACGACGUGGUGGAGAGGUAAGACUGAAGAGAAGGAAAGAGGGAUGGGGGAUGAGAGAGGAGGAUAAAGGAGUAUAGGUGAUGUGUGAGACGACGUGGUGGAGAGGUAAGACUGAAGAGAAGGAAAGAGGGAUGGGGGAU